AAACACCUAUGAACCCUUCGGCCUCCUUCCUGGCCGGGCGCCAGAACAUUGGGUCAGAAGUUGAGAUUUCCACUAUCGAGAAACAACGGAGAGAGCUGCAGCUGCUCAUUGGAGAAUUAAAAGAUCGAGAUAGAGAGCUCAAUGAUAUGGUUGCAGUACAUCAAAGACAACUUCUUUCAUGGGAAGAGGAUCGGCAGAAAGUGUUGACUUUGGAAGAACGUUGCAGCAAAUUAGAAGGUGAACUACAUAAAAGAACCGAAAUAAUCAGGUCACUCACAAAGAAGGUAAAAACCCUUGAAUCGAAUCAAAUUGAAUGCCAAAGUACUCUUCAAAAGACUCAACUACAGCUUCAAGAAAUGGCCCAAAAGGCAACCCAUUCCACUCUCCUCUCUGAAGACCUUGAGGCUAGAAACGAAAAUCUCAGCAACACAUUAGUGGAACUUUCUGCUCAAGUGGGACAAUUGCAAGCUCGAGAACAGGCUCUCACCACCAUGAUAAAGCUGAAGGACAAAGAUAUUAUCGAGGCAGUCAGUCACAUUGCUGACUGUUCGGGUAAAUUUAAAUUGUUAGAGCAUGCCUUACGCGAUGCUAAGAUGGUGGAGGCCUGUAUUGUGAAAGAAAAGCAAGAUUAUAAGCAGAAAUUGAAGGCACUUAAGAUUGAAGUCAAUAAGCUAAAAGAGGAUCUAAAUGAAAAGACAACAGAAAAUAAUGAACAACGAGAAGAGAUCAUUCGCCUCAAGCAAGAGAAAAGUUGCCUGCAUGAUGAAUUGGUUUUUACUGUAGAGAGAGAAAAAAGGAAAGACGAGUUACUGGAUAUCGCAAAGUCAAAGCAAGAACGCAUGAGCGCAGAGCUGCAUAAUCUGAGACAGAUUUACAUAAAACAACAGCGUGAUCUGCAGUUUCUUAAUUUCAAUGUGGAAAAUUCUCAGGAAUUAAUACAGAUAUAUGACUCAAAGAUGGAGGAAUCAAAGGCCCUGGAAUCCAGCAGAGAAAUGUGUUUAUCAGACCUUGAAAAUAACCACCUAAAAGUCGAUUUUAAGAGGGAGGAAAAUCAGAAGUCACUGGUUAAGGACCAAAAAUUUGAGGCCACGUUGGUUCAGCAAAAUAAGUCAGAGAAGAGCUCUUAUGAUGUAUGCAAAGAGAAGAAACUACAGGUUAAUACUUCAUUUGGGGGAAAAAGUGUAAUUGCUGUCUCAUCUCUAUUUGCAAAAGACUUAGUGGAGAAACAAAAGUCUUGGUCUCUGGGAGGAAAAAUCCAGACUGAACCCGAAAACAAAAGUACAUUUUGCAAGAUCCACGCAAAAUCACCAAAAGGUAAUGGAGUUGGGAUUCAGAAUGAAGAGAAACAACUCUCGGAAACAUCAACAUCUGUAUCCGGUGAAAAGUGGCAUGACGUCAGCCUUUACCUGGGCCUGGCCAACUGUUCUGGUUCAAAACAACCAGAAAAGCUGGAUGUCGAAUGUCAAGAUCACCUGGAAAGGUCUGGAGUCUCAUGCUGCCAUAAAAGCGAAGCCUGUCUGGAUGAAAGUGACGCCCGUCUGGAUGAAAGCGACAUGUGGGAAUCCAAGUGCUGCCACCCGAGUAACUUCACAAUCGAAGCUCCAGGCCACAUGUCUGACGUGGAAUGGAUGAGCAUCUUCAAGCCUUCCAAAGUGCAGAGAAUCGUGCGCCACAAAUCAGUGUGCACUUGUUCGGAAAGUGCCAGUGGAACCAAAUACAACUCCUCUGCAAGUGAGCUGAUUGCCAUCCAGCAGUCCCACUGUUUGGGUUCUUCAAAAUCUGCCUUAAGAGAGGAGGAGAAGUUCAUAGAGACGGAGUCCUCUUCUGAUAAAAAGAACUCAUCUGAGAUUUUGUUAGUCAACAAAGAUGCAGCAUUGCCCAGUGAAAAGGUUUUGCUUCUUGAUUUCAUGAAUGCUUGAAUUGUGUUGUUUGCCCAGGAUGACUUUUCUCCCACAAGCAAGCUUCAGCGUUUGCUGGCAGAAUCCCGUCAGAUGGUUACAGAUCUGGAGCUGAGCACGCUGCUCCCCAUCAGCUCUGAGAAUCUCAGCAGCAGCGUCAGAAAUAAUGUGGAAGUCUUAGAAGAGUCAGCUGAAAAAAAUACCCUUCUCAGUAAUUGAAGAAAACAAAUUCAUGUAUUCAUGGUGAUCAUGGAAGCCGAUUUCUCAUCCAUGUGGAAGGCAGGAAGCAGACAUCAAUACCUAAUACUUAACCUUGAAAACAAAAAGAGGAUUGUAAUCCUUCGUAAGCAACAUUUAAUACCAAAGGGGGGCAGAAACUGAAAGUUAAUUUUUAAACAUCUAUAUUUUGUCUUCAGGUUAACCAUUUUCAUGUGUAAAACAUAUUUUUCAUGUGUAAGAAAUAUUUUUCAUGUGUAAGAAAU